UUCCCUCUCUAACAAUCAACUCACCAACUCCAUCCCCACUGACAUUGGCUUGCUGACAAAUCUGGUAUCCUUGCCAUUGACUGCAGUCGUCCUUUGCCUCGUAACCUCAUGCUUCAGCUGGGAAGUUUUCUCCUCGUUCCCUGCACCGCAUUCUUGUACACCCUCAGU